AUGGACGCCCAGAAAGAAGCUUUACAAAGGAUCAUUUCAACUCUGGCAAAUAAAAAUGAUGAAAUUCAGAACUUUAUUGAUACACUAAAUCAAACACUAAAAGGAGUUCAGGAAAAUUCUUCUAACAUACUUUCAGAGCUAGAUGAAGAAUUUGAUAGUUUAUACUCUAUAUUGGAUGAAGUGAAAGAAAGUAUGAUUAAUAGUAUCAAGCAGGAACAAGCUCGUAAAUCACAAGAGUUACAGAGUCAGCUUAGUCAAUGUAAUAAUGCCCUGGAGAACUCUGAAGAACUGCUAGAAUUUGCAACACGGUCAUUAGAUAUAAAGGAGGCUGAAGAAUUUUCAAAGGCUGCCAGACAGAUCAAGGAUAGAGUAACGAUGGCUUCAGCCUUUCGCCUUUCUUUGAAACCAAAGGUCAGUGACAGCAUGACUCAUUUAAUGGUGGAUUUUUCUCAGGAAAGACAGAUGUUGCAGACUUUGAAGUUUUUGCCAGUCCCCAAAGCUCCAGAGAUAGAUCCAGUAGAGUGUUUGGUGGCUGACAAUGCUAUAACAGUAGCUUGGAGAAUGCCAGAAGAAGACAAUAAGAUUGACCAUUUUAUACUGGAAUAUAGGAAAACUAAUUUUGAUGGACUUCCACGUGUAAAAGAUGAGCGGUGUUGGGAUAUAAUUGAUAAUAUUAAGGGUAAUGAAUAUACACUGUCAGGUUUAAAGUUUGAUUCAAAGUAUAUGAAUUUCAGAGUGCGAGCUUGUAACAAAGCUGUGGCUGGAGAGUGUUCUGACCCAGUGACUCUAGAGACCAAAGCCCUUAAUUUCAGUUUGGAUAGCUCAUCAUCACAUUUGAACCUGAGAGUUGAAGAUACCUGUGUAGAGUGGGAUCCUACUGGAGGAAAAGGCCAAGAAAACAAAGUUAAAGGAAAAGAGAACAAGGGCAGAAGUGGUACACCAUCCCCCAAACGGACAUCUGUAGGCUCCAGGCCACCUGCAGUAAGAGGCAGCAGAGACCGUUUUACUGGGGAAUCAUACACGGUGCUGGGAGACACUGCUAUUGAAAGCGGACAACAUUAUUGGGAGGUCAAGGCCCAGAAGGAUUGUAAAUCCUAUAGUGUGGGAGUAGCAUACAAGACUUUGGGGAAAUUUGACCAAUUAGGAAAAACAAACACUAGUUGGUGUAUCCAUGUCAACAACUGGCUACAAAACACAUUUGCAGCAAAGCAUAAUAACAAAGUCAAAGCCUUGGAUGUUACUGUUCCUGAGAGAAUAGGUGUAUUCUGUGAUUUUGAUGGGGGUCAACUUUCUUUCUAUGAUGCAAACUCAAAACAGUUGUUGUAUUCCUUUAAGACAAAAUUUACUCAGCCAGUACUACCUGGUUUCAUGGUUUGGUGUGGUGGACUUUCUUUGAGUACUGGGAUGCAGGUUCCAAGUGCUGUGAGAACACUUCAGAAAAGUGAAAAUGGAAUGACUGGUUCAGCUAGCAGCCUAAACAUUGUUACUCAAUAA